CCCGAAGGGGGUUUUAGGGUUUGGUUUGAAGAGCCCUAACCCUAAUCUCCUCAUCCUCCUCUCUGCGUCGGCCACCACCCUCGACCGGCGAUGGCGAGCUCCAGCGGCGGCGAUUUCAAACGAAAAUUUAUGGACGGUGCUGAUGAGCAUGAAAUGAGAUUAAAGCGGCAACAGAUUUUUGAUCAUGGCUCACACUUCGAGUCUCCAUCAGGUUCAACUGCGAUGUAUCGUAAUCCAUAUGUGUACAAAGGCCAACCUCCUCCAUUUCCAGUCAUUCGAGUUCGUGGCCUCCCUUUUGAAUGUGUGAAAUCUGAUAUCCUCGACUUCUUUUAUGGCCUACAAAUCUUGGACAUCCUUUUUGUUCACAAAGGUGUCCGGUUCACUGGGGAAGCUUUCUGUGUUCUAGCAUAUCCAUUACAAGUUGAUUUUGCAAUUCAGAGAAAUAUGAGGAACAUGGGGAGGAGGUACAUAGAAGUUUUUAAGAGCACGAGGCAAGAAUAUUACAGUGCUGUUGCUAAUGAAGUUUUAGAAACGACGAGGAGUGGUUCAAGGGCAAAGUCGAAUGAUGAAAGUUGGAGGCACAUGGAGUCUGGUUCAUGAAGAGGGUUGCAUAUUCAGCAGGAAAAGAUGAUAUUACUGGAUUUCUUCAAGGACUAUCGAUUGUCUGAGACAGAUGUUCAUAUUGUUCUCAACUCUGAGGGGAGGGCAUCAGGUGAAGCUUUUGUGGAGUUUGCAAAUUCUGAGGAUUCAAAAUCUGCAAUGGAGAAGGAUAGAAUGAAGCUUGGGAGACGAUAUGUAGAGCUGUUCCCUUCAAAUGCGAAGGAGAUGAAUGAUGCGAUUUCAGGAGCACAAUAAGAGGCAUAUCAAUGUAUGGUAAAAUUUGUAGAAUUUGCUCAAGUUUCUGAUAUAUAUGAUGAUAUUUUGCUCCUAUUUACCAUUUCUGUGCUUAACUUUUCCAUUUUAUCUAUGGGUGGGACCUUUGUUGUAUUAAACCUUGAAGUUCAUGAUUAACUCAUUUGAGUGAGGAUUUACUUUUGUUGUUUGCA